AUGGCGGCUGUGGGCAGAGCCAUGAUCCUGAGCAUGCCCAGUGCUUUCUGUGAUUUGUCCACAGUGAUCAUGCUGGGCCUCUGCCCAGCUCUAAUAGAAUAUUUCAUCCAUCCAAUCCAGUGUGUGUCUCCUAACAGGCUUGCAAGCAAAGUCACCACUUGCCAUUCACCCCAACAAGAUUCCACUCUAUAAGAUAGUAUCUCCAUCAAUGCUGGUUUUGCAUUUAACUUGUAUUGGAGGGUCAUCGUGGAGACCCCAGGUCACAACAUCAUCUUUUCCCCCGUGAGCAUUUCUGCAGCUAUAGCCAUGCUUUCCUUUGGAGCAUGCUCCACAACUCAAACAUAAAUUCUGAAGGGCUUGGGGUUUAACCACACAGACACCCCCAUGGCAGAACAGCAGAGCUUUUGGUAUCUGAUCUGUUCACCUAGUUUUCCAAAGAAGAAACUGGUGGGAAAUGCCCUCUUCAUUUGGAAGCAGCUGAGACCACUGGCAAGCUUCUUGGAUGAUAUCAAGAGCAUCUAUAAGACUGAACUCUUUUCUACUGACUUCUCCAAUGUUUCUUCAGCCCAGCAGGAAAUCAACAGUCAUGUACAGAAGCAAAUGCAAGGGAAAAUUGUGGGCCUAAUCCAAGACCUGAAAUGAAACAGAGUCAUGGUCUUGGUGAAUUAUAUGGAGUUUAAAGCACAGUGGGCAAAUCGUUUUGAUCUAUCCAAGACAGAAGUCAGUGCUAACUUGGACAAGACCACAGUAGUGCCCAUGAUGCACCAGAUAGAACAAUGCUACCACCUGGUGGACGGAGAACUGAACUGCACAGUGCUGCAAAUGGACUACAGAAACAAUGCGCUAGCUCUCCUAAUCCUUCCCAAAGAGGGACAAACGGAGUGGGUGGAAGCAGCCGUGCACCCUAAAACACUGAAGAAAUGGAACCGGUAACUGAAGAAUGGGUAA